GCUGGUCCACUCGGAAGGGUCCUCCUCCUCCUCUCCUAUCACCCAUUUCCACAGAGACACGCACACAUGUAUGCGCACGCACCUUGUCUGCCCCUCACACACUCACGCACACGCAGACGCGAAGCCGUCAGAGAAGCCGCGCGGACUCCUCUCUCCGCCUGUCAGCAUGAGGAGCGCCUGCUUUUCCCGGGACGCCUGUUUGCUUCUCCUCCUCAUAAAUACUUGCGGGUUGAUGGGGAAUGUCGGGCCCGCAGCAGAUGUAGACGAGUGUGCAGAGAGUUCAGAUGACUGCCACAUUGACGCCCUCUGCCAGAACACGGCCAAGUCUUACAACUGCAUCUGCAAGGCAGGCUACAAGGGGGAUGGAAAACAGUGUGAAGACACGGACGAGUGUGAUAAUGAUUACAAUGGAGGGUGUGUCCAUGAAUGCAUCAACAUACCAGGAAACUACAGAUGCACUUGCUAUGAUGGGUUCAAGCUGGCUGACGACGGACACAACUGCCUAGAUGUGGACGAGUGUCUGGAUAACAACGGCGGAUGUCAACAAGUGUGUGUCAACACAAUGGGGAGUUACGAGUGUCAGUGCACAGAGGGCUUCUUCCUGAGUGACAACCAGCACACCUGCAUCCACCGCUCUGAGGAUGGAAUGAACUGCAUGAACAAGGACCACGGCUGUGCUCAUAUCUGCAGAGAGGCUCCAGGCAAAGGUGGCGUAACAUGCGAGUGCCGACCCGGCUUUGAACUUGCCAAGAACCAGAAAGACUGUACAUUGACGUGUCACUAUGGAAAUGGUGGCUGUCAACACACGUGUGAUGACACAGACACGGGCCCAGUGUGUGGCUGCCACCAAAAGUACGCACUUCACUCAGACAGCAAGACCUGCAGCGAGAAAGAUGAGGCUGCAAUUGAGAGCUCUGAGUUCAAUGCCACGUCAGUAGCUGAUGUGGACAAGCGGGUGAAACGGCGGCUACUUAUGGAGACCUGUGCUGUGAACAAUGGUGGCUGCGACAGGACAUGUAAGGACACUGCCACAGGGGUGCGCUGCAGCUGUCCUGUGGGAUUCACCCUGCAGUCUGAUGGCAAAACCUGCAAAGACAUCGAUGAAUGCCAGGAGAACAACGGAGGCUGUGACCACUUUUGCAGAAACACAGUGGGUUCUUUUGAGUGCAGCUGCCAGAAAGGCCAUAAACUUCUCACAGAUGAGCGUUCAUGUCAAGACAUUGAUGAGUGUUCCUUUGAGAGGACCUGUGAUCACACCUGUAUCAACUACCCCGGCAGCUUUCAGUGUUUGUGCAAGAAGGGGUACGUUCUGUACGGCCUCACCCACUGUGGAGAUAUUGAUGAGUGUAGCAUCAAUAAUGGGAGCUGUGAGUACGGCUGCAUAAACACACAGGGCAGCUAUGAGUGUUUGUGUCCACUGGGCAUGAAACUCCACUGGAACAAGAAAGACUGUAUUGAGGCUGUGAAGUGUCUUCCCGAUGGAAAGCCAGCACCCAGAGCCCAGCUGACUUGCACAAAAAGCUCAGGGGCAGAGGUGUGCUCGUUGUCAUGUCCUUCCAAUGCACUCUUUCUCGCAGACUCGGAGAACAGCUACUCCCUGAGUUGUGGUGUACCUGUCCAACCUGGUAGAUCACUUCAGAGGAGGAAUGUCACGUCUACUCAACCUACCUGUGCAGAUACAUUGGCACCCCCCAUCAAGCACAAGACCAGGUUCAAGAUCAAAGAUGCAAAGUGUCACCUGAGACCCCGCAACAAGGAGAAACAUAGAGAGAUAUCCAAGCAGGUUGUUCCAGGAGGCCAGUUUCCAUGCACUGAUGACUGUAAGGUCACAUUUGUCAAUCUCAAGUGCGAUUCUUCAAAAAGGCGCCGUAGAGGCCGCAAGUCUCCUUCAAAAGAGGUUUCCCUCAUCACUGCUGAAUUUGAAAUGGAAAUGAACGAGGAGGAAGCUUCAGAUGUCUGCAAUGUAGAUUGUGUGAGGGCCAAGAUGAAGGUGAAGCUGCAGAAUGCCAUGCGUACACUUAGAAAGUCCAUCAACAAACAGCAGUUCUACAUCCAGUUUUCUGGGACAGAAUAUGAAGUGGCUCAAAAACCAUCCAGGAUUCCAUAUGGAGCGGAAAUCUGCAGCACAGGACAAGUGUUACAGGAUGAAAAAUGUGUGAGCUGCGGUGUGGGGACAUUUUACAGCGGGGAGCAGGAGCAGUGCGUCCAGUGUCCUACAGGAACAUACCAGGAUACUGAGGGUCAACUGUCCUGUGAGCCAUGUCCAAGUAUAGAUGGACAGGGCAUUAUUGGGGCCAAGAAUGUGUCUCAGUGUGGAGGUCAGUGUCCAGCUGGUCAGUAUUCUUCUGAUGGCUUUCACCCAUGCCAACCCUGUCCACAGGGCACUUACCAGCCAGAACCAGGCCGAGUUCAAUGUUUUCAAUGUGGAGGAGGUCUCAUGACUAAGUAUGAAGGAUCUGUCUCAUUCAGAGACUGUGAGGCCAAAGUGCACUGCGCUCCUGGACAUUAUUACAACUCUACCACCCACCGCUGUAUCCGCUGCCAAGCUGGGACCUACCAGUCCGAGUUUGGGCAGAACUACUGCAUCACCUGCCCCGGGAAUACCACGACAGACUUUGAUGGUGCCACAAAUGUUUCUCACUGCAAAAAUCAGCUGUGUGGAGGAGAAUUGGGGGAGUUCACUGGCUACAUUGAGUCACCUAACUACCCUGGAGAUUACCCAUCAAAUGUGAACUGUGUCUGGACCAUCAACCCUCCACAUAAGAGACGGAUCCUUAUUGUGGUGCCAGAGAUUUUUCUCCCUAUUGAAGACGACUGUGGAGACGUACUGGUCAUGAGAAAGAGUGCGCUGCCCACGUCCAUAACCACGUACGAGACUUGUCAGACCUACGAGAGACCCAUUGCCUUCACCUCUCGUUCUCGCAAACUUUGGAUCCAGUUUAAGACUAAUGAGGUCAACAGCGGCAAAGGCUUCCAGGUUCCAUAUGUCACGUAUGAUGAGGACUAUCAGAAGCUCAUAGAGGACAUAGUGCGAGAUGGAAGGCUGUAUGCCUCUGAGAACCAUCAGGAGAUCCUGAAGGACAAGAAGCUAAUAAAGGCCCUGUUUGACGUUCUUGCCCACCCCCAGAACUACUUCAGAUACACAGCAGCUGAGUCCAAAGAGAUGUUCCCUCGCUCCUUUAUCAAGCUGCUACGUUCCAAAGUAACAAGGUUCCUACAACCAUAUUAAUUACUGGAAGCCUCCUCUACCUGCUAAAGACUGAUUCCACCUGCAUCAUUCCACAUUCAUUACAUUAAAAGGUAGCCUAAACCCCCAGAAUCUUCUUUCCCCUUUGUGGCUAAGAAGACUUGAUCAUCUGUAUUUGCUUCCCUGGUUGUUUGUUGUUAAUGUGAGGAAAGAGGCACAGAAGCACAGAAAAGCUUUUUUUUUUACAGUCAUGUCUCACUUAUUUUUAAGUUGCACAUUUGAUUUACAAAUGAUUGCACUUUCUGCAAAGUAUUUAAGUGAAAAAGGUGUUAAUUCUGUGUGCUCUACAUCUCAUCUUUUAACUUGUCAGGAUUUGAUCUGCUAUGAUACAUAAAUCAUAUAAUUUAUUUUAUGAUUUAUAAUUCACAAGUCAGUCUUCAAUUCAGUCUUCAAUUCCACAUGGAAAGUAGUUUGCCUCAUAUUGAAUGUUGAGAGCCAAGGUUACUAUCUUAUGCUAACAAAGUUUCAUAAAGCUGCUUUUUUUUUUUUAAAGUCUGUCCCUUUUAUGUCGUUUUGGAAUCCGUCUUAUAAUAACAUGCCACAUUAGCCCACAUCAUGACAAAAUUGAAGGAUUCAGGAAAUGAAUCAGCAUCAAAUAGUUGCAAUAGUCUUGCCUUUUUCUUUUUUCCAGGCGUUUUUUCAAUGGUUAAGUUGUGUUCUACGUUUUCUUUUUUUGUCCAGCCUUUGUUCUGUAUUGUGUUGUUUUGUAUAAUUUAUAUACAACAUGGCAUAACUUGUAGAGGCCCAUAUCACAGAACCGUUAGUGGUUAAUAAUGUUUUGACUCAGUUUCACAGCCUUGACAUAGGAAAAGAGACUGACCCCAAAGAAAUGAUGCCGUUGCAUCCUGACUUGGAUUUCUUUUUGUGCGCAAAAUAAAGAGGUUGGAAGACAAUUGGUGCACUGCAAACACAGAUAUUCCAAAAAAGGCUCAAAGGUGUCAGUUUAAACCGUUCCAGUAAACUAUUCUGUUGGUGCUUUUAUCCUUUGUAGCAUAAAGUCUAUAUUUUAAAUUUAAAAAAAAAAAAAUAUAUAUAUAUAUAUAUAUAUAUAUUUUAAGACAAGAUAAACUACCUUUAAGCAACAAACUUGUUUCUUAAGUGAUAAAUGUAUGUAAUUAACUAAUAUUUGAACCUUUAAUUGCACUUGAAUUUUAUAUCUUUUAAAGAAAAAUGUUUCUUGUGACUUUUUUGUGUUGUACUGAAAUGUGCCACACGUGAAGAUAGGGGAACCCGUGUAACCUGUUUGAUUUACUUAAUGACAAUAGUUUGAUUUUGCUCAGUGGUACAGUGGACAACAGUGUUGCUAUUUUACCAGUUUAUCUAGCACCACUACAGUUUGUGAACAUCGUCAUGGCCCAGCCUUGAGCUAUCCGUGUUCUACAGCUGCCAGAUUAAAGAAGCAUCUCUGAUCUCUUCUAGUAUGACGGCUCUACUUGCAGUGCUACAACUGUCCCAAGUCACCCUGAUGCACUUUCUUUUCAUUAAAUUAGUAUAGUGUGUAGAUAUGUUCUUCUUUUAUAACCUGACCAAAUGUUUCUGUCAUUCCCGUCAGCACUAAUAUAUAUAUGUAAAAACCAUGAAACAGGGUCAAGAUGAACCCCAUGUCUAAACAAUGUGACUGAAAAGAGAACUUUGUGUAUUUUUCUGAAGGUUCACAUGGUGGCAGAGAUGUCCUUCUGCAGGUUUCAACUGUAAACCUGACAGCUUUGUUAGCAUAGGAGCUAAAAUUCUCCAGCAGAAGUUCCAAAUGUCU